AUGAUUUUGGACAUCGGCAUUGAGUCGCCGAUCAUCCCGAUUUGGAUCUCCUUUCCGCAUCUUCGUCCCCAUUUUUUCUCACCGAGGAUUCUGUUUGGUCUUGGUGAAUUAUUUGGAAAACCUCUGAAAAUCGAUGAAGCUACGUCGGUUGGCUCUCGUCCGUCGAAUGCUCGUGUUUUAGUCGAACUUGACGUUACUAAAACUUACCCUAAGCAAGUUUGGUUAGGUUCUGAUUCAUUAGGUUAUGUUCAGGAGGUGGUGUUAGAUGUUUUUCCACAAUUUUGUGCUGUUUGUAAAUGCUUAGGGCAUGUAUCGGGUAAGUGUCGUCCUGAUAUUGCUUCUGGGAAUCCUAAUGUUUCGUCUACUCCGGUUGAUAUUCUAUCUCUUAUUUGUACUGUUAAUGUCGAUAAGGGUGUUGCCUCUUCUAUGACGGAAAUUUUGGGCAAUGUUGCUGCAAAUUCUGAGACUGUUUUUGUUGAGCCUGCGGCUGGUUUUUCCCCUGUUAUUUUGGCUGGUGGUGAUGAUGUUCCUGGAUCCGAACUUGCUCAGGUACUGGGUAUGGGUGGUGUUGUGAAUUCUCCUGUUGUUUCUGAACCCGAACUUGCUCAAUUACCUGUCGUUGAUGGCGGGUUGGAGAAUGUAAUUGUUGUGGAGGAAUCUGUUGGGUUAGGGGAUGGCGACAUUGUUUCUGAUGUUGUUACAGUUGGUCUCUCACCAAAUGCCCUUCCUUUUUUUUCCUCCUGCUUUACCGUCGACUAUUAUGGCUCCUUCGUCUGA